AUGCGGCUAAAGCUGGGCUUCCUGCUGCGCGCCGUGCUGCUGGCGGGCAGCUUCUUGGGGCUACUGCUGCUCUGGUCCUCGCUGUCGCCUCGCACCGAGGAGCCGGUUCCCCCGGGACGGACGCGGGAUGACAAAGAAGCCAACAGACCGAUGCCAAACAAGGGAGACCAUGGACUAGGAAAUGAGAAGUUCAAACCUGUGGUACCUUGGCCUCAUGUCGAAGGUGUAGAAGUGGACUUGGAAUCCAUUCGAAGGAAAAAUAAGGCCAAAAAUGAACUAAAUCAUCAUGGUGGUGGUGAUAACAAACAGCAAAACAUCAUCCAGAGGCAGUAUCUCACAUUUAAGCCUCAGACAUUUGUAUACCGAGAUCCUGUUUUACGACCUGGAGUCCUUGGUAAUUUUGAACCCAAAGAGCCCGAGCCUCACGGAGUUGUUGGUGGCCCUGGAGAGGAAGCAAAGCCAUAUGUUUUAGGACCAGAUUACAAAGAAUCCAUUCAAGCCAGCAUUAAGGAGUUUGGGUUUAAUAUGGUGGCAAGUGAUAUGAUCUCACUAGAUCGGAGCAUUAAUGACUUGCGCCAAGAAGAGUAA